AUGGCGGCCUGGCCUCCCGGCACGGCCGGCAGCACCGCGCGGAGGAACCGCUGCCUGCAGCGGGGAGCGGGCACUAUUCGGAGAAUUAUUAUAGAGAACCCUGAACAGGAGCCAUUAUCCCCAUUUUUUAGAGGGGGGAGCUUCUAUCCUGGAAAUAAUGUCAUCUAUGAAAAGACAAUAAGAAAAUACGAGCUAUUAAAUCCCCACCAAGAGAAGCAGUAUCAGUUUUCCCACCAGUAUCAAAUUCCGCAGCAGCCAGAUCAGUGCCAGGUCAUCCAGGCCUGCCAGCAGCCUGACCAGUGCCAGGUCAUUCUCCAGAGCCAGCAGACCCAGACGAGCAGCCCCUGCGAACCCCUGCCGGUGCCUGGGGCCGAGGACUGCAGGGGAGGCACCGCGAGGAGGGCGACGGCGCAGACGUGCGAAGCGGUGAGAACCACCUGCCCUCGGCUCGCUGUCCGCAGCGCGCGGCUGGGCGGCUGGUUGGGCGGGCUUUAUGGACAGUACAAAAGCCUACAGAUGGGGGAAGCGCGCUCUAACGCUGCUGCCUGCCCGUGCCAGGUGGGCGGCCCGCAGGACCAGCUGGACUGCCGCUACUUCGGCGAGCUGCUGGCCGAGCUCCACCGCAAGACCAGCGACCUGCACAGCUGCCUGCUGCGCCACGUGGAGAAGAUCGGAGCAAGGAACCACGACAUUGAAUUUACCAGCCAGUCUGAAGAUGUUGAAGAUCUAAUCCCCAAAGCACUGUCUGAGGCAACAAAGCAGCAGAUUCGUUACCUCCUCCAGAUGAGAGUGACAUCAGAUAAAUCACUGAGGCUUGUGCUUUCCACUUUCAAAAAUCUGCGUGAAGAACUUUGCCAUUUACAGGACGACUUGGCGAAAUUAGAAACUGACAAUGUCUGUCUUAAGAAGGACUUGUCUUUUAAAGAUUCUCAAGUUAAAGAGUAUGAAACUCUGUUGGCUUCCUUGAGAGAAAAUAAUCGUCAGCAGCAGCAAGGCCUCCGAGACAGCACGGCCAAGUGCCGCUCCCUGGAGGAGCAGCUCCUCUCUCUGCGGCUCACGGAGGGGGAGAAGGAGUGUCAGGUGAAAGAACUCGAGUUCUGCAAGCGGGCCCUGGAGCAGGAGAUCCAGAACUUGAGACUCCAGGUCUGCUCUAAUCCAACACUUCAGACCACCACAGAUGAACUCUCCAGCCGUUACGUAGAGAUGAUCAACAACUUGCGAGAGGAUAAAGAUCGUGAGAUCCGCAGUCUUAGGUCUCAGCUAUCACAAUUCCAGCAAGACAUAUCAAGGAGAGAAGGCAGUAACAGUGACUUGCAAAUAAGGCUGCAUGAACUGACCUCAAUGCUGGAGGAGAAAGAUACUUUUAUUAAGCAACAACAAGAGGAGCUCUUCAGACUGAAGCAAGAGAAAUUAUCAUGCAGUCAAUCCCCAGGUGUAACAGCCAUCAUCACCAAGAAGUACAGGAAUCAGUAUCCAAUUCUAGGUCUCUUGUCUGAUGACUACAAGGUUACAUCACCGGUCAAUAAAUCACAAACUAUUGUAAUUGAGAGGACUGGAGAAAUAUGGAAACAUGAUUGAAAGAAGUCCCUUAGCCAGAGUUGCCUAAAGGAGUUCACACCAAUGACUGAAACUGCUGCUUUCCUUUCUGCUGUUUUGCAUCAGUAAAAGAUUUGGUCUGA